AUGGGCAGUAAACCCGAACAGCUAAGAGCAUGGUGGAAAGAAGGCUCCGUGUAUCAGGUAUAUCCUGCGUCGUUCCAAGAUUCCACCGGCUCGGGAGUCGGUGACUUGAAGGGGAUUAUAUCGCGGGUCGAUUACCUCAAGGACCUGGGCGUGGAUAUCGUCUGGCUGUCGCCAAUUUUUAAAAGUCCCCAGCACGACAUGGGCUAUGAUAUAAGUGACUAUAGAGUAAUUGACCCUCCGUACGGGGACAUCACCGACGUAGAUGUCCUACGGGAUGCGCUCCACGCGCGAGGCAUGAAGCUCGUCCUCGAUCUGGUCAUGAACCACACCAGCGACGAGCACGAGUGGUUCAAAGAGUCGAGGAAGUCCAAGGAUAACCCGUAUCGAGACUGGUAUAUCUGGAAGCCGCCCCGGUAUGAUGAGCAGGGCAACCGGUGUCCUCCUAAUAACUGGCAGAGUCAUUUCCAAGGCAGCGCCUGGGAAUACGACGAAACAACAGACGAGUACUACCUGCGCCUCUUCUGCAGGGAACAACCCGACCUGAACUGGGAGAACCCGGCGGUACGCAAGGCUGCCCACGACGUGAUGCGCUUCUGGCUCGACCGCGGAGCAGACGGCUUCCGCAUCGACGUCAUCAACUUCAUCAGCAAAGACCAAUCCUUCCCGGACUCGAAGCAGACGGUCCUCCGGGGAACAGAGCACUACGCCUGCGGACCACGCCUCCACGAGUAUCUCAAGGAGCUGGGCGCUAUCCUCAAGGAAUACGAUGCCUUUAGCGUCGGUGAAAUGCCCUGUGUGCACGAUGAAAAGGAGCUUGUGAGAGCGGUGGCCGCUGACCGAGGCGAAUUGAGCAUGAUUUUCCACUUUGAACUAAUGGAUAUUGACCACGGUGUAAACGGCAAAUUCUCCCCGGGAAAAUGGACCCUCUCCACGUUGAAAUCCAAAGUAAACAAGUGGCAACGCUUCAUGUACGACAACAACGGCUGGAACGCCUUGUAUCUCGAGAACCAUGACCAACCUCGUGCCGUGAGCCGCUUCGUCCAUGACCACCCGGAGCACAGAGUAGCCAGCGCCAAGCUCAUUGCUGUGUUUUUGGCAUUCCAAGCCGGCACGCCCUUCAUCUAUCAGGGGCAGGAGAUUGGCAUGACGAACGUCCCUGUCGAAUGGGACAUGGAUGAGUACAAGGACGUAGAUUGUCUUAAUCACUGGGGGUUAUUCAAAGACUCUGCCGACGAAGCCACAAAGGCGCAGCUAAGGAUGGAAUAUCAAAAGAAGUCCCGCGACAAUGCCCGCACGCCGAUGCAGUGGGAUGAUUCUCCCCAGGCGGGUUUCACGACGGGCAGCGCGCCGUGGAUGCGUGUGAAUGACAAUUAUAAGCAGAUUAACGCUGCGUCCCAGGUGAAGGAUCCUGAGUCGGUAUAUCACACGUACCGGCGGGCGUUGGAGAAACGCAAGGAGCACAAGGAUAUUUUCGUGUACGGAGACUUUGAGCUUGUUGAUGAGGCCAACGACAGGGUAUUUGCGUAUAAGAGGGUUGCGGGGAAUGGCGACGCCGCGCUCAUUGUAUGCAACUUUUCCACGGAUGAGGUGGCCUGGUCGAGUGGUGUCAAGGCUCGUGAGGUUUUGGUCAGUUCUGCUGGGAAGAAGGUUGAUGAUGUGAAUGGUGGAGAGAUGAGGCUUGGACCUUGUGAGGCGAUUGCAUUGCUUCUGUGA